AUGAUCUUGUCUUCACAGCUUGAAGGCUUUCUAGAAUGGGCAAAAAGCAAUGGCUCAUAUAUUGAUGCUACCAUUGAAUUUAAAUCAACCCCUACUGCCGGUAUAUCAGCUUUUGCAAAAGAGCAGCUACAUGACACUUCGAGAGAGCUUAUAUCGGUGCCAAAGAAGCUCUUAAUCACUAAGGAGACGGCUGAGGACUUGCUAGGGAAAACUAUUUGUGUGACUACCAAUCCAAAUGCAUUGACACAACUACUCAUUGCUAAGCUGAAAUUUAGCGAUGAGCAGUCAUUAAAGGCAGACGAGAGAUACAACUUCUAUCUUCCAUACAUCAAUAUGCUUCCUUCGAUCAAAGAUCUACAUACGCCAUUUUUCUGGCCUUGUUCCGAACUAGAAGCAUUGAAAGGAACUGAUUUAUAUAUAAAAACCACACGUAUGUUGCUUACCUUGAUCAAGGAAUGGCAAGACGUUAGAACAGCUUUCGGUGUUACUGAAGAGACGAUAUACCACCGGCUGUACCAAGCAGGUGACGUUAUAGCUUUACUUAAGCAUUUAAAUGAGCAAAUUAACAAGUCAGGGGAACUAAAAUGGGAUGAUUUUCCAGCGUAUCUGUGGGCGGCAUCGAUCUUUACGUCCAGGGCAUUCCCAAGAAUUGUGAUGCCAGGUGGGAAUGAUAUCAAUGAAGCCUUCCUAUAUCCUGUUGUGGAUUUACUCAACCAUUCCAAUGGUAAGAAAGUAAAGUGGAGUUAUGAUGCAACUAGGGAAACAGUGUCGUUUGCGAUCUCGGAAAAGGUAAAGGCUGGCGAUGAGAUAUUCAACAAUUAUGGGGAUAGAUCUAAUGAACACCUACUGCUGCAUUAUGGAUUUGCUAUUUCAAAUAACGAAUUUGAUGUUGCAACAAUGUCGCUGAGAUUACCAAAAGAAAGCCUUGCCAAAGCCAAGGCACUAGGAGUUAAAUUUGAUGAGGCGUCACUUAUUGAUGAUACGGUGAAUUUCGAAAUACCAGCGUCUGGAGAAUUGCCCGCUAAUCUUGUAGAGCUGUUUUCGAGUUUACACAUGCUAUCUUCGGAAAAGUUUAUGACAGUUAGGAGUACACUGCACGGUUUGGACCAAUUGCACUCUCUCUUGCAACAGAAGGCUAAAGUUUUCAAGCAGGCAAUUCCAGCUGCUCUGAAAACAGCUCACAUAGUGAAAUCAUAUAAGACUUACUGUUCUUCUCAACGGAGAAUCUUUGCUACAGCCUGUGAAACCACUAUAAGACAGCAGAAGAGUAUUUUAAAGAAAUGCAAACCGCUUUCCUUCAAAACCGUGAUGAAUAACGAUAAACUGUUUUCAAAUAGCAUUCUUCUCGCCCUUGGCGUUCCAAGCUACGAAGAAAUGAUUCAUAAGGGCCUAACUCAACAAGUGCUACUUUUGUGGAUUGUCAGAAUGGGUAACAUGAAAGCCUAUCCAACUUUAGAAGUGCCCAAUGGCUCUUUCGUACAUGACAUGUUUCAAGAGGUGAAAUCCACAAUUGCUGUCGACCAGGCAGAUGUUUUAGAAUAUCUUGAUUUCUACAAAGGUUUAUUCCCUGGUUUGCAAUCUAAAUGUCCAGAAGUCUAUGGCGUUGGCGACUGGUCGAUCAAACAAUUUAUUAUUGCAGGCACAGUUAUUGACCGUUUAGAAUGGACAAAAUCCUCAUCUAAGGAGCCCUAUCUUAUUGAAAGAUUGCCGAUCUUCGAAUAG